AUGUUGGAUACAUUUGAGAUUCUAACCACCUCUGGUGUGGUGCUCUGGUCACGAACAUAUGCGCCCAUCAAUCCGUCAGUCAUUAACAACUUCAUCGCCGAUGUAUUUAUCGAAGAAAAAGGCACCGCCCCCGGCGCAAAAGACACGCAGUCCUCAGCAAGCAACCCACCUUACAAAGCCGAUCAGCACACUUUGAAAUGGACAUUUGUGAAAGAGUUAGGUGUCAUCUUUGUUGCCGUCUACCGAUCCUUACUGCACCUCACUUGGAUUGAUAAGCUAGUCGAUAACCUGAAAACUAUCUUUAUCGACUUAUACGCCGACCAGCUCAAAAAGCCAAACACCACCAUCGUAGAAUGCCGCAAAUUUGACGAGUAUUUCAACCAGCAGUAUCGAGAACUUGAGGCGAGCAGCACCGCCAACGGCUCACGACCUACAGAUGCUUCCUCUCUCUUAAGGGGAGAUGGCGUAUCAAGAAGCCUCGAGGAUGAGCCACCGCUUCCGCCGGGCCUUAAGCAUAGGGGUAUAACCCAAAACACUUCCCAAGAACCGCCCUCGACGGCCGAAUCCACCCCAAUCGCGACUCCAAAUAACUCAAGGCCUUCCACCCCUAGCGGUAAUCACUUGGUUGUGGGAAAAGGAGGGCCAAUGUCAAAAAUGUCACGGAGGGCCAAAAAGUUGCGGAACAGCUCUGCCCCUGUAUCUUCUGGCGACGAGGCGCCGUCAAGGAAAGGUAAAAAGGCGCCCAAGAGAGGCCGUAAAUGGGACGCAGAUGGCUUUGCCGACGAGGAGGACGAUAGUCUGCAGCUAGAUUACUCGGUGGGCCAGACUACGUUAACCAGCGAUAGCGAAGUCGAAGUUACUGCGAAGUCGACGGCGGUAGAUGGAGUAGACUCUUCUUCAUGGGGAACCACAACUGCCAAAGGCCAGUUUGUGUUGAAAGACCUGGACGAUGAGGUGCACUCGAUCUUAAAGUCGGCUGAGGCGAGGAAGAGCGCUUCGAAGGCCGAGGCGAAAGGUGGCCUCGUAGGAUCCGGUUUAAACACAAUUAGCGGUCUCUUCCGUAGUGUUGUGGGUGGCAAGACGUUAACGAAGGAAGAUCUCGAUACAGCUAUGAAAGGCAUGGAAGAUCAUCUUCUACGGAAGAACGUCGCCCGCGAAGCAGCUAUACGUCUCUGCGAAGGCGUUGAAAAGGAGCUUGUUGGAAUGAAGACGGGAAGUUUCGAGAGCAUCGACGCGCGCAUUGCUAAGGCCAUGGAGGCCUCUCUUACCAAGAUGCUCACACCUACGUCAUCGUUAGAUCUCCUACGCGAGAUUGAUUCUGUUGUCAAACCAUCCGUGACAUCCAUGCGGAAGCCGAGGCCUUAUGUCAUCUCUAUUGUCGGAGUUAAUGGGGUUGGCAAGUCGACGAACCUAUCCAAGAUCUGCUACUUUCUAUUGCAGAACAAGUAUAAAGUACUGAUAGCCGCGGGAGACACCUUUAGGUCGGGAGCGGUAGAACAGCUGAAGGUCCAUGUACGGAACUUGAAGGAGCUAACUGAGCGAGAAGGCGGGCAGGUGGAGAUCUUUGAAAAGGGGUACGGGGGUGAUGCAGCAACCGUGGCCAAGGACGCCGUGAGAGAAGCUGCAAAUGAUGGCUUCGAUGUUGUUCUCAUUGAUACGGCAGGACGGCGCCACAACGACCAGCGAUUGAUGUCGUCUCUUGAGAAAUUUGCCAAGUUUGCCCAGCCGGAUAAGAUUCUCAUGGUUGGCGAGGCACUCGUAGGGACAGAUUCAGUCGCCCAAGCCAGGAAUUUCAACUCGUCCUUCGGCCCAGGCAGGACAUUGGAUGGGUUCAUUAUUUCCAAAUGCGACACAGUUGGUGAUAUGGUGGGAACUCUGGUCAGCAUCGUGCAUGCUACAAAUGUGCCAGUCCUAUUUGUUGGUGUUGGCCAACACUAUUCAGAUAUCAGAAAUUUCUCUGUCAGAUGGGCAGUUGAAAAGUUGUUGAGCAAUAGUUGA